AAUUUUUUUAAAUUGACAACAAAUCACAACAAUUAAAUUUCUCUAUUUUAAUUGUAUAAUUCAAGUGAUUCUCUGUUUCGUUUAUAAUCUAUUCUUUGCACCUUUUUCUUCUGAAACUGGUGGAAACUUCUGUUCGUUAUUCUAUUUCUAUCUACUAGAAUAAGUGUUUUUGUUUUCUCUCUUUGAGUUUCUCUUGUGUGUGUGUUUGGAGUUUUGUUGUUUUCUCUUUUUUUGUUAUUGUGAUUUUUUUUUCUCUCUCUCUCUCUCUCUUUCUUUCCAAAAAUAGACAAAAUGACCAGUCUUGACUCUUUGGAAUCCCAGUUGGAACUGUUUAUUGAAAACCUUCGACAAUUGGGAAUAAUUGUUACAGAUUUUCAACCGCAAGGACAGAAUGUUUUGAACAGUAAAAUUAAUCAGAUUAUUACUUCACUUCAAGAGAUUGAUAAAAACAAGGCCAGAAUUCCUGAUAUUCAAAUACCAUUGGAAGUUUUUGACUAUAUUGAUCAAGGAAGGAAUCCACAAUUGUAUACUAAAGAUUGUAUGGAAAAAGCUUUGGCCAAUAAUGAACUUUUAAGAGGUAAAAUAGAUGCAACCAGAAGAUUUAAAACCAUGCUACUCAUCGAGCUAAGUAAAGUUUUCCCAAAUGACAUGGCAAGAUACCGAGCAAUUAGAGGUGAUGAAAGGACCAGUUGAUGUGAAUUCAAAUGAUGGAAAAGAGGAAAACAAAAAAAACGUUAAAGCCAACACAGUGUAAAGAUUUUUGUCACUAUUUAUGGAGUAAAAA